CUUGAACGUGGAUUACGUUUGGAGAGCCCGUGUCAGAGGCUCGACUGGUUACCGCGAUAAAUUCGGGGUGUGAGGCUUUGUGCUCUUCUGAGCCUUGUUGGCACAUCAAAUGGCUCCCUCACGACUCUCAUGGCUAGUAGCGAGCCUGUCGUGCCUUGCCGCGGUCACUUUGGCCGGUGUUCUGCCAGCAGCAGCCAGUGCAUCUUUCGUUAAGAAUGACCAAUUGCCUGGUCUGGUCACCUAUGACAAAUAUUCCGUCUCCAUCCGUGGCGAGCGCCUCUUUAUCUUUUCCGGCGAGUUCCACCCUUGGCGGCUGCCAAGCCCAGGGCUCUGGCUCGAUGUUUUCCAGAAGAUCAAGGCCAUGGGCUUCAACGCCGUCUCCUUCUACACCUACUGGGGGCUUGUAGAAGGGAUGCCGGGCCAGGUACGAUUUGAUGGGGUCUUUGCCCUCGAGGAGUUCUUCAGGGCGGCCGCAGAGGCGGGCAUCUAUCUGAUCGCGCGACCGGGCCCGUACAUCAACGCCGAGACGGCGCUUGGUGGGUAUCCCGGAUGGACGGCGCGGAUCAAGGCGCCGCUGAGGGGGGACGACCGGGAGUUCGUCGAUGCGACGGAGAAGUACUCGGCCGCGGUCGGAAAGCUGAUCGCGGAUGCCCAGAUCACGAAUGGUGGGCCUGUGGUCAUGCUGCAGCCGGAGAAUGAAUAUGAUACUUGGCCUGGUGUUAACAACACGGAAUUCCCAGCGGACCUGAACAGAAACUACAUGGAGCAUGUCAAGCAGCAGUUCAAAGACGCGGGUGUCGUCGUGCCGCAGAUGGUCAAUGAUCAUUUAAACCAAGGAAAUUGGGCGCCGGGCACUGGUCUGGGGGAGUCAGAAUUGUAUGGUAUUGACGCUUAUCCUAUGCGGUAUGAUUGUGCACAUCCAGAUGUAUGGCCGAAGAUCAGAUGGCCCGAGAAUUGGCAAAUACUACACGAGAAGUAUAGUCCGAACACUCCAUUCUUUGUCGCUGAGUUCCAAGGUGGCUCCGGGACUGGGUGGGGAACCAUCAACCAAGACGGUUGCAAUGCACUUGUCAAUCAGGAGUCGGUUCGAGUCUUGUGGAAGAACAACUACAGCUUUGCCAUUAAGAUCUUCAACAUAUACAUGACGUACGGUGGGACAAACUGGGGUAAUCUUGGCUACCGAGGCGGCGACACUUCAUAUGAUUAUGGCGCUGCCAUCAAGGAGAACCGUCAUGUCUGGCGGGAGAAGUACUCGGAGUCGAAACUCGAGGCCAACUUCUUCAAGGUUUCGCCAGCUUAUUUGACAGCAGUCGCAGGCAGCGCCUCGAACGGCUCCUACGUUUCGACAGAUCAAAUCGCCACUACUCCUGUCUUCGGAACUGAUACCCCCACCAAUUUCUAUAUAGUCAGACAUGCAGACUGGACAUCGAUCAACACGACCGCCUAUAAGCUCCUGGUAUCGACCACUAAGGGCAGCGUCUCUAUUCCGCAGCUCGGUGGUGAGUUGACGCUUUCGCGGAGAGACUCAAAGAUCCAUGUCACCGAUUACGACGUCGGCGGAAUCAACUUGAUCUAUAGCACAGCCGAGAUAUACACCUGGGCUCAAGAUCAGAAAGGCAAAAGAACUCUGAUCCUGUAUGGCGGCGAAGACGAGUUACAUGAGGUUGCCCUGGAUUUCUCCAAACUGGGACACGUACCUAAAUGUAGUUCUACGCGACAGAAGCCCACAAGUCAGCAGACUGGAAACAGCACGUACAUCUUCCAAUGGACAGUUUCCCGAGACGCAGAGGUACUCAGCUUCGGCGAUGAGCUCGAGGUGCUGUUGCUCUGGCGGAACGAAGCAUAUAACUACUGGGUGAUUGAAUUGCCUUCGGACAGUCCGAUCGGUAAUUACUCAUCGCCUUCCAAGUCGCAUGUUAUCAUAAAUGGUGGCUAUCUGAUACGCACGGCAGAGAUAUCGGGUGAAAAUCUCAGCUUGACUGGUGAUAUUAACGCGACGACGGACAUCGAGAUUGUUCAUGAGCCCACGAGAUCGAUCAAGACUCUGGAAUUUAACGGGUACGAGCUGCCGACCAAGCGGGCUGACAACGGAAAGCUUACUGCAAGGCUUGUGUACGAAGCCCCGAAGCUCGAGCUCCCAGAUCUCACUGGUCUUGAGUGGCGUUUUGUGGACUCGUUACCUGAGAUAGAUGCUUCAUACGACGACGUGGGGUGGACUGUCUGCAAUCAUACUUUCACCAACAACCCUCAGGCACUGCUAACUCCAACUUCACUGUACGCCAGUGACUAUGGCUUUCAUUCCGGUUCCGUCAUCUACCGAGGACAUUUCACGGCCGUUGGAAAUGAGUCAAGUUUGUAUGUAAAUAUAACCGGGGGUUCUGGAUUUGGCUAUUCCAUAUGGCUCAACGACAAAUUCCUGUCGUCUUGGGAUGGUGGUGGCGCCGGUCAAGGCAAUUCAACUUAUGAAUCGACCAUACCUAUCGUUGGCCAUUCCCUUGAGAACGGUAGCGACAACGUCGUUGUCUUGCUGAUCGAUCAUAUGGGCCAGGACGAGGAAGCCCCCGGAACGGAUGCAAUUAAGUCGCCGAUGGGCCUCAUCAACUACAAUCUGGCAGGUCAUCCACAAGCCGACAUGACCUGGAAGCUGACGGGUAACUCUGGAGGCGAGGAUUACCACGAUCUCGCUCGUGGACCCAGAAAUGAAGGUGGGCUGUUCGCUGAGCGUCAGGGUUACCACCAGCCGAGCCCACCUAGUGAUACUUGGGUAGCUGCAAAUCCCUUUACAGACGGGUUUGCAACAGCUGGUGUCGGGUUUUAUACGACCACAUUUUGUCUGGAUGUGCCAGAUGGCUAUGAUGUCCCGUUGAGUUUUGUGUUUGCGAAUACCACGAUCUCAAACUACAGGGUUCAGCUUUUCGUUAACGGGUGGCAAUUCGCCAAGUAUAUCGCCAAUCUUGGACCACAGACAAACUUCCCAGUACCUGAGGGCAUCUUGAACCAUAAUGGCAACAACACGGUAGCCAUCACGUUGUGGUCUGUGGAUGACAGCGGUGCAAAAGUGGAUGGGUUGACGCUGGAAGCUGAAAUGCCGCUGUGGUCGGGGUACAAAAAACCGUGGCUGGUGGAAAGCCCAGCAUGGACACUGCGCGAUGGAACGUAUUAAUCCAGUCUAGGUUAGGAGAUUGACGUAAUGUUUCUUGAAAACGUUGCAUAAAGUUUUGUGCAUUGUGCGUUUACAUGUUUCACUUGUUCGGGGAUUUAAUCAAGCAUAACGUUGCUCUUCAGAGACCUUAGAAUGGUGGCAGUACAGUAGGUGAGGUUAGUAGGUUAGAUCAUCAGCUCCAGGGGAUGCUGGCGUAGCAUUCGCAUACAAGCCACCGCAGUUUCGAGCUUCACCAACCCCGCUUUAGCAGGUGCCUUCUUCCGGUAA